GAAUUUCACCACCAUCAUUCUUCAACCCAAUCACUCUUCUCAAUUCUCAUAUUCCAAUGUCAAAUCCUCAAACAAACAAUAACCGCCACCAGCCCAGCCGCCUGCAGCGCCGCGCCCCCUCCUCCCUGCAAAUAAACCGCGCCGUCGAGUGGAACGUCGCCAUCCCCCUCCUCUCCCCGCUCGCAUCCUCUCCGCCGCCGAUGGAGCUAAAACCGCCGCAAGAGCCGCCGCAGCGGGAGGCGGAGAAGGUCACCGUGUCGUUCAAGAAGUGGCAGCACCCCGCCGCACCUUUCUGUUACGAGCCCGCUCCCAUGGUGCCUCCCUUCGUUCCCGUGUAGAUAUACAAACCAAAGAAAAAGAAGAAGAUGAAGGAACAGAGAGAGUUUUAGGAUGCUGCUAUCUAAUGGUUCAUACUACUAUUUAGAUAGAAUGAAGAAGAUCUAACGCUGUAUUUUUAAUUAAUUAUUAUUGUUCCUUUUUUUUUGUUGGGGAGAGGCUUUGCCUUGUUUUGCACACGGGGAUUAUCAUGUUCAUGCUUCAUUCAUUCAUGUGAUAUGAAUGAACAUUACACCCCCUCUGUGUUUUUUUCUCUCUCUCUUUUUUUAGCUUUUCCCCGUUUUUUUUUUUAUGCCUUUUCAUUUUGGGGCUUAAAUUAAACUACUUACUUCAUAGGAAUAUCUCUCUUUUCUUCUUCUCAGCAAAAAAUAAAAAAGAAAUCUCUCUCUCUCUUC